CUCCAGUUGAGUGCGUAACGCGUCGAUUGCCGCGACAUAUCUGUAGGUCACAGCUUUGGUCAAUGUUUAUCAAAACCGACUAGUUUACACGUAAAAAACAUUAUUUAAAGUUUAAAUUUCAUUUGUGAAGCAACCAUGGGGUUGUUUUCGAAUGUGUUGACCGUUAUUUUCGUUGCUGUUUCGACAGUUACAGCAAAUGUGCCCACCCUGAAACUGCACGAUGGGCAUGACAUACCCGCACUUGCUUUAGGUACCUGGCUGGGAAAUAACACAAAGCCGGGUGCCAACGAGGUGGAGCAUGCCGUCUCCUGGGCGAUAGACGCAGGGUACAGGCACAUCGACACCGCCUUCGCGUACAGGAUUGAAGACCAGGUCGGUAGGGCAGUCGCCGCCAAGAUCGCGCAGGGCGUCAAGAGAGAAGAUCUGUUUAUAACUACCAAGCUAUGGAACAGCGAGCACGCGAGGAGCGCGGUGGUGCCAGCACUGCGGCAGUCGCUGGCCAGCCUCGGCCUGAAAUACGUCGACCUGUACCUCGUGCACUGGCCUGUGGGACAAUUUUUGAAUGGGACAUAUGACUACACAGACUACGCGGACACCUGGCGCGGUAUGAUCGAAGCCAAGAGCCUGGGCCUCGCCAGGUCCAUCGGAGUGUCCAACUUCAACCAGCAACAGAUUGACCGGCUGCUCGAACUGGGCUUGGAGAAACCGACAGUGCUGCAAGUUGAGAUAAACUUGAACCUGCAACAACCCGAGCUGCUAGCAUACUGCGCGCGGCAAAACAUCCGUGUGAUGGGGUACACGCCCUUCGGUUCCCUCUUUUACAACAAGGCUCAGAAGACCGCACCGCCGCCCAGGGUAGACGACCCAGCGCUGGUGGAAAUCGCCAAUAAAUACCAAAAGACUGUGCCACAAAUUGCCCUAAGAUACCUGGUGGAAUUAGGCGUGAUCCCCAUCCCGAAGUCGCUGACGAAAUCCCGAAUCGAACAGAACGUCCAGGUGUUCGACUUCAGCCUGACGCAGGCGGAGCGCGACGUGCUGAAGAGCUUCGACAGGAAUUACAGAACAAUACCGCAAUACAAGUGGUUGGACCAUCCUUACUAUCCGUUCGAGAAGAAGAAUUAAUAAUGUUGCAGUAAGGACCUACCUGAUAUGUCAUUUUAAUAAAAUUUUAUUAAUACAAGGAGUUACUUAUUUAAUAAAU